UUCAGUUAACCCGCCGAGAAACUUCGUAAAGGCCCCGAGCUCAAGCUCCGAAGAAAAGUGAAAAGUCUUGUGGUUUUCGUUUUGUUUUGUUCGACCAAAGUGUCAAUUGGCCAAUAAGUUCAAUUGGUUAGCGACGACGCGUCGGUAGCAGAAGUCAUACUUACUACCCCAAAGGGGCAAGUGCUUAUUGUGGCUCUGCGCCGUUUCCCCUCUGCCCCCUUCUGGUGGCUGGCAACCACGACUUCGAAGCUCGAAUUGGGGAAUAUGUUCCAUUUUUAUUAUCACUGUAUCAAAAUCGGAUAUUAAAUAAUACGUCUGCAUUGGUGAAAGUGUGCAUAUGCUUUAAGAGUGCCGCGCACAAAGCGAUCUCAGCAACAACAAUACCAAAAAAAGCCCGUGCCUCUGCCCUAGAAAAACACAUCUCGAAUCCAAGUUAAUGCAUAUGCAUGGAAGGUUAAAAGUGCUGCACAAUAUAAACAAUAUUUAACAUGCGACUGUGCAAAAUCAAUCUCAAGCAAUUUGAAUAAAUCGCCAAACCAAAGCGAAUCCAAGUGCUCAGAUUUACAAAGCUAAGACCACGUAGUUGCAUUAGGUAUGAGUUGCAUAUGGUACUGUAACAGUAAGUUAAGCAACGAGUAUAUCAACAACUUUUUGCAAUUUUUUGCUGAAACAAACGAGUUUUCUGUAUAACAACAUGCAUCGAACUGUCGGAUUGUUGUUGAUCCUUUGUACCAGCUGCACACUGGCGGCGGACAUUCUAAUGGCUACACAAGGUGGAACAAAAUCACACAAGAUACCAUUUUGGGAACUGGCCAAGGGAUUAAUAGCCAGAGGACAUAAUAUUACCUUCCUAAGUGGGUUCCCGGCAGAUUUUCAUAUCGAAGGCCUUCAGGAGGUGACACCAGCUGGCCUGGUUGAAUACAUUCAGAACUAUACAAAUUGGGAUCUUUUGGGCUCAAGAAUGGCUGGAGAAAUGCCUAUAAAGCCGUGGGAUGGUAUUCGAUAUGCUUUUGAGUCGUGUGAUGCAAUGCUUGGCGAUGCUGAGACCAAAGAUUUGGCGAACCGUAGCUUUGAUCUAGCCAUAUUGGACGGAGCUUUUCCCGAGUGUGUGCUGGGUCUGGUACACCAAUACAAAAUUCCAUUCAUGUACAUAAAUACAGUAGGCUUCUAUACUGGAAGUCUCUCCGUAGCGGGGAACCCCAUAAGCUAUGCCAUAACACCAAAUUUUUUCUCUCGCUUUACGGACACCAUGAGCCUAUACGAGCGGGCAAUCAAUACGGGAAUGCAGAUCGGACAAAACCUAAUGCACAUGGUAGGUAAAAUCUGCGCACGGCUAUACAAUGUCCUUCUAUUCUCCAUUUAUCUACAGUAUGUUAUGCGGAGAACGCAUCACGUCCUGCGUGAACAUUUGGGCACCCACAUGCCACAUCCUUAUGAGAUGUCACGCAAUGUAAGCUUUAUACUGCAGAAUGGCCAUGCAGUGGUGUCAUAUCCCAGAGCUUUCAAUCCUAAUGUGGCAGAGGUUGCUUGCAUACAUUGUAAGCCAGCUAAAAAACUUCCCAAGGACUUGGAGGACUUCAUUGGGGCCUCCGGUGCGUCAGGCUUCAUUUACGUGUCGAUGGGGUCCUCGGUAAAGGCUGCCAAUAUGCCAGAGUCGUUACGUCGAAUGCUAGUCAAGACUUUUGCCCGCCUCCCCUAUCAUGUGCUAUGGAAAUACGAAGGCAGCUCAGCAGAUAUGCAGGACCUGACAUCAAAUGUGAAACUAUCACGAUGGUUGCCCCAGCAGGACAUUUUGGGCCAUACAAAGCUGCGCGCCUUUGUCACUCAUGGUGGCUUAUUGAGCAUGUUUGAAACAGUCUAUCAUGGAGUGCCCGUGGUAACAAUGCCUGUUUUUUGUGACCAUGAUGUAAACUCCGCCAAGGCUGAGGCCGAUGGCUACGCCAUUAAGUUGGACCUGGAGACACUAUCGACUAAUCAGCUCUACAAGGCCAUUAUGAAAGUUAUACACGAUUCACGGUAUAGGAAUGCUGCCAGAUAUCGUCAGAACCUCCUGCUUGAUCAGCGCUCGACAGCCCUGGAGACUGCCAUUUACUGGACGGAGUAUGUGCUUCGCCACAACGGCGCUUAUCAUCUUCAAGCUCCAGCACGAAAUAUGAACUGGUCUCAAUAUUAUCUACUAGAUGUGGUGGCCGUUUAUCUUCUUGCCUUGUAUGGGCUCGUCUUGUUAAUCAAGCGCCUUGACUUCCGUUCUGAGAAGCUGCGCAGUCUACACGUACCUUCGACUGUCGCGUCUACAACAGGCAAAACAAAAUCGAAGAAGAUGUAACUAAAUCCCACCCUUAGAUAAAUGAUUAGCCGUAUAUCAGUUUAAUGUUUAAACAUUCAGCUUAACAGGGUUUUGUUGUGAUUUGCGUCCAAAAAGGCUCGAAAUUAACAACUUUUAGCUUUCUAUUCCUUAUAUUGACAGGAGAAAUUACCUUGUAAAUAUUUACUUUAUUUAUAAUGACCGAAAAUGACUUUUCCAAUAGCCUAGAAGAAAUUUGAUCAUGGAAAAUUGAAACCAAAGUCUACAAAACAAUAUGUCGAGAAAAGUUAAAACGAAAUAAACCUUAAUAAUAAGUUUUUAAUUGUAAAACAUCUUAUUUCAAUCUUU